GCAGAGAAGUUUGUCCUUGCAUCAGCGGAGCUGUUCACAAGUCGCUGCACAUUCUAGUUUCGUUUCUACACACCUAUCAGCCUGAAAGAAAAGGCUCUGCGAGAGGAAUUCAACGACCGAGGACUGAGGAAGUGAAAAUGAAAUGGAGCGGUCGAUUGCAGAUGCGCCCACCAAUGAGAAGGCUUCCCGUGGUUUUCAGAAGCCCGUGCAACGCCAUCUAGGUUCAACAGUCGCGAAGAAAACAUCGGGAGGGGAUUUCCACGCAGCGCUUCCUCUACUUGUUUUGCUUUCGAUCUGGACUCUGAAAUACAUGAAGUUAGGUUUUCGUUUAGGUAUUUCAUAGCUAUUGGCGACACUGUUCUAACUUUGCGACUGUGGCAAGAAGGUCGACUGUUUAUCAAGCUGAAAUACAACUCGGCUACUUAUUCACAUAGAUUGUUCGUUUUAAACGAGUCGCGGCGAUUCAUGUUGCAAUGUGCCACCAUGCCGGUGGAGAGGAUGCGCAUGCGGCCUUGGCUGGAGGAGCAGAUCAACUCCUGUUUGAUCCCUGGCCUGAAAUGGGUUAACAGGGAGAAGAGAAUAUUCCAGAUUCCCUGGAUGCACGCUGCUCGUCAUGGAUGGGACCUAGAGAAAGACGCGCCCCUGUUCAUGAACUGGGCCAUUCACACAGGGAAGUACCAGCCAGGUGUGGACAAACCUGAUCCGAAGACUUGGAAGGCCAACUUCCGCUGUGCCAUGAACUCUCUCCCAGACAUCGAGGAGGUGAAGGACAAGAGCAUCAAGAAAGGGACCAACGCCUUCAGGGUCUACAAGAUGCUAUCACUCUCCGAACGCCAGGGCAAGAGGGGAAAGAAAAGAUGUGAAAAGGGGGGAAAGAAGAAGGUUCCUAGAUCCUCAUCUCCGGACGAUAGCAGCAGACAGCUAGUUGUGAAACAGGAAGUGAAAGAGGAAGUGGUCACAGACAGCACCACCCUCACAGUCUAUGACCAUCCGGCCGAUCGGAGUCCUAUAGACGACCACCUGAUUAUACACGAUCAACUGCCAUUUGUCUGUCAGACCAUCGAGGUUACCACGGAGAGCGAAGAGCAGGCGGUCAGCUCCAGCCACCCCUACCCCCUUCAAAUCUCUCCUGUAUCCUCAUACGGAGAGAGUGACACAGAUAGCAUCCACAGUGAAGAUGACUCCUUGGAGUGUGUUGGAGGCUUGUGGAGCAGGAAAGGGUACAGCUCAGUCCUCCGGGUGCCAUCCGGCUCCCUACCCAGCAUGGCCACCUUCGUCACGGCCGGAAAGACCAACUUCAAAGUGACAAGCACCAGAGACCCCACCCCCCUCAUCAGCUAUCAUUCCUCCCCCUGGACAGACUCCUCCCCUAACUCGCAGCCCCUCCCCCUGACGGCGACUUCGUCCUCGCAGACCUCCUCCUCAGAGACACGGGCCAGUGUCAUCAUGAAGACGUCCGACAUAUCACAGCCCUCCGUCAAGACCUGCUGACCCCGCCCACUGAACCCUGUUCUCCAGAGUGCCCCCCUCAUAGGAUGAACUGGUCCACAGACAGACAGACCCGACAGUCUUGCAAAGUGACAGACUAACAAGACAACCUGACUACUCUGCCUCUGGGUAAUCAUGUACAUAGUAAUAUGUAAAGUCAAACUGCUUCUGCACCUUAUGGAGAGCACUGACGUGUGUGUGUGUGUGCGCGUGUGCGUGUGUGUGUGUGGGUAAAGGCUCUCCAUGGGAGGAAAGAGGAUGACGAUAAAUGCACUUGUAAUUUAUCUUGAAGCCUUUUUAGUGAUCAUAUAUAUAUUUUUAUAUAAAAGGGAAAUUUUAAUUGAAAGUGGAGAUUGUUUCUUCUAAAAAUGAAUGAUGUUUUUUUAUUGUUAGAGUAGCUAAUUCAUUGUGAUUCGCAUUGUCAUUGUUUAUGUGGCACCUACUGAAUGUAACCAUGUGACUAGCUUGAUGCCUGUGUGUCCUUAUUGUUAUAUGUUUCCAGAUCCCUGUAACAUGGUGAGUGUGUUUUUAUGCUGCGCAGGCAUGGCUACUCUUAAUCCUGUGGAUCAUCGAUAUGCAAAUCUGAAUAAAUAAAUAAAAAUGACAGUUUUUUAUACAUUUUGCCAUAUGA